AUGGGUCUUACUGGAAAGCUUGCAGUGGAAAUAGAGGUCAAAUCCUCUGCAAAAGAAUAUUUUCAUGGUUGGGUAAAUCAUGGCUCCCUAUUUUCCAAGGCUCUUCCUGAUGGUCUCCAUAAGUCUGAAGUACAUGAAGGAGAUGGAAAGAGCUUGGGCUCCAUCAAUUCCUACUACUAUAUCUUGGAUGGGAGUACAUUUGCCUCUGCUAAAGCCAAGAUAGUAGCCAUAGAUGAAGAACACAAAUCAAUCACCCUGAAUGCAUAUGAUGGACAUGUUGGAGGGCUUUAUAGCAAGUACAAGGUGAAUACGCAAGUCUUUACCAAGAAUGGCAAGUACUUUGUGAAAUGCACCAUAGAUUAUGAAAAGCUAAGUGAAGAGGUCCCUGAGCCAAUUAACUAUUUGGACCUUAAAACCAGGUUCUGUAAGGGGUUGGAUGCACAUCUUCUUAAAGCUUAG